CCUCCUCCUCCUCCUCUUCUUCUUCUUCUCCUCCUGCAGCCAUCGACAGAAGUUCCAAUCCGACUCGUCGCUUCUCAGAUCGACGGAUUCUCGGUUCCGCACCGAGCGAUGCUGUGAAGCGGGAGCCAGCGUCAGACUCUGCGCGGGAAACUCGACUCCCUCGUGGGGGGGAGGAUGAUCCGCGGCUCGUCGGUGAAGGUUCAUAACUAGAGCUCCUCGGUUCUCCUGUUCGUGAAGUGUGUCGAUUCAAUCAUGGCUCGUGGCUGCAUCUGCUGCGUGAAAUACAUGCUCUUCCUUUUCAACCUGCUCUUCUGGCUGGGUGGGUGUGGUCUGCUGGGGGUGGGCGUGUGGCUGUCGGUGUCUCAGGGCAGCUUCGCCACCCUGUCGCCCUCCUUCCCGUCGCUCUCCGCCGCCAACCUCAUCAUCACCCUUGGCACCAUUGUCAUGGUAACGGGUUUCCUGGGCUGCCUGGGGGCCAUCAAGGAGAACAAGUGCCUGCUGCUGAGUUUCUUCAUCGUUCUGUUGAUCAUCCUCUUGGCUGAACUCAUCCUCCUCACCCUGUUCUUUGUCUACACCAACAAGGUGAAUGAAAAUGCCAGACGGGACCUGAAAGAAGGUUUGGUUCUGUACAACACUGACAACAACGCCGGCCUGAGGGAUGCAUGGAACACCAUACAGGGAGAGUGGAAGUGUUGUGGAGUGAUGGGCCACAGUGAUUGGUACACCGCCCUGCAUGAAAACGUGGUUCCUGACCGCUGCUGCCAGCAGGUUUUCCCGGGCUGUGGGCGCAACGCCUCCACUUCCUUCUGGACACGGGGUUGCUAUGAGAAGGUGGAGGAGUGGCUGGAUGACAACAAACACCUUCUGGGAACCAUCGCUAUGUGUGUGUUGGUCAUACAGCUCCUCGGUAUGGCUUUCUCGAUGACGCUCUACCAACAGAUCCACCGAGCAGGGAAGAAGUACGAGGCCUGACAGGAGACACGCGCUUAAUUCAGUUAGUUAAAUACUGGAUACGUGAAAUAUAUCACAUCACCUCCAUCAUACCUUUUGUUUAUAGUCCAAAUACUGUGUGUGCCACUACAAACUUUUAUCACCUUUUUUCAUCAGUUAUUGUUGAGAAUAUACAUUUUUUUUUAAAUCACGUUUUGAGUUUUUCUGUAUAAAAUAUGAAUGAAAAUCAGAACUCGACUGAAAAGAAGCAUGAAGAGAAUAAUGUUGUUUUUUUUAAGUGAUGCCUGUGGAAUAAUAUAAGUGUAGAUGAAACAAGCGUUGUGUACUAACAUGAUCAAUAAAAGCAGAGAGCACUCUUCUAAAUGUU